AUGCGAUACGCUUUUUCUGUAACCUAUGGCUCAAAGAAGAUUCACAUGUACAUAUUAGUGAAAUUUACCGUGAGGGUCGGCUGGACAGUGGAAAAGGGAGUGGCUGAGGAGAGUUUACGAGAGUCACACAGUAUAAAAGGCAACGGCUCGACGUCUGAGACCGCCGUCGCUCUCGCCCUUGUGGCUGUCUCUUUGGCUGCUCCUUCACAGCCUUCUUACGACUACUCUCCUCCGGCAACUUAUGACUCUCCUGCUAAGUACGACUUCAACUACGCUGUCAAGGAUGACUACUCCGGAAACGACUUCGGUCACCAGGAAGCACGCGACGGAUACAACACUCAGGGUUCCUACUUCGUCCUGCUUCCCGACGGUCGUCUGCAGAGGGUCACCUACACUGUCAACGGCGACUCUGGCUACGUGGCUGAGGUCAGCUACGAGGGUGAAGCCCAGUACCCCGAGUACCAUCCUACUCCUGCCUACAAACCUGCUCCUGCUUACAAGCCUGCCCCUGCUUACAAGCCUGCCCCUGCGUACAAGCCUGCCCCUGCUUACAAGCCUGCCCCUGCUUACAAGCCCGCUCCCACUUACACGCCUACCCCUGCCUACGAACCCGCCCCUACUUACGCCUAA